GCAUGGCUGGACCGAGGCGGCAGGAGUUUAUCUAGGGCAAGGCGGAGGGCUGGCGGCACAGGAAUGCCAGCGCAGGAGGGAAAGCCACCACGGGAAGCACCAUGUCUCUGUUGUAACUGAGUAGCCCUUAUGACCAACAUGAGCUGGAGCUUUCUAACCCGCCUGCUAGAAGAGAUUCACAAUCACUCCACCUUUGUGGGGAAGGUCUGGCUCACUGUGCUCAUCGUCUUCCGCAUUGUCUUGACAGCAGUGGGGGGGGAGUCCAUCUACUCUGAUGAGCAGAGCAAGUUCACCUGUAACACCAAGCAGCCCGGCUGUGACAAUGUCUGUUAUGAUGCCUUCGCGCCGCUGUCACAUGUCAGGUUCUGGGUCUUCCAGAUCAUCAUGAUAUCCACCCCUUCGGUCAUGUACCUGGGCUAUGCCAUCCACAGGAUCGCCCGGUCGGCAGAGGAGGAGAAGAAGUUCAAGGGGUUCAAGAAGAAGAAGCAGUUUGCUUUGAACUGGCAGACAGUGCGCAACAUGGAAGAAGCGAUGGAGGCUGAUGAAGAUGAGCCCAUGAUCUCUGACGACACAGCAGAAUGCGAGAAAACCAAAGCCAAGCCCAAGAGCAAAGAGCAGCAAAAGCACGAUGGGAGGAGGCGCAUCCAGGAAGAAGGACUGAUGAAAAUCUAUGUCUUUCAGCUACUUACCAGAGCUUCGUUUGAAGUUUGCUUUUUGAUAGGGCAGUAUUUACUCUACGGCUUUGAGGUAGAAGCGUAUUACGUCUGCAACAGAGUCCCUUGCCCUCACACUGUGGACUGCUUUGUGUCCCGACCAACAGAGAAGACCAUCUUUCUCUUGGUGAUGUACGUGGUGAGCUGCCUGUGCUUACUGCUGAACAUGUGUGAGAUGUUUCACCUGGGGUUUGGGACCAUCCGAGAUGCCAUUCGCAACCGGAAAAUCAACAGCUUCAGGCAACCUCCCUACAACUAUGCCUACCCAAAGAACAUCUCCUGCCCUCCUGAGUACAACCUGGUAGUGAAAUCAGAGAAGUCCACCAAGAUCCCCAACAGCCUGAUGGCUCACGAGCAGAACUUGGCUAACGUGGCUCAGGAGCAGCAGUGCACCAGCCCAGACGAGAACCUCCCAGCAGACUUGUCCACCCUUCACAAACACCUGCGAGUGGCCCAGGAGCAGUUAGACAUAGCAUUUCAGAGCUACAGCAGCACCCAGGGCAACACACAACCUUCUCGAACCAGCAGUCCCGCCUCGGGCGGCACAGUGGUAGAGCAGAACAGGGCCAACAUCGCCCAGGAGAAACAAGGUGCUAAACCCAAGGCCAGCUUGGAGAAAGGAAGCUCAAGCAGUAAAGAUGGAAAAACAUCUGUAUGGAUAUAGCUUUGUCUAAAAGGAGAGAGUGCAACGUAAGUGGGGGUUUUAUUUUGGUUUGUUUCUGGUUUUUGGUUAUUGCGUUCAUUUCACAGGGCACAGGCACAAUUUUUAUAUGGAAGUCAAGAGAGAAGAGGAGUUUCAGACUAAUUUAGUGCUGUCUUCCAGUGUGUUAACAAAAGACAUUUCUUCCCUGUUUCCAAUAAGUUCUCCAGCUGGGAACCUCCAGUGACAAACAGCAAACCCUCUGCAUCUCCCACCCCUUCGGUCACCACCAGAGCCCCCAACAGAGACUGGACAAUGUGUUACGAUAGGAAGCGGAGCUGCUGGUGGCUCAGGAUAGAAGUCAUGCCAACAGCGAGCAGCUCUUCUCCUGCAUGGCAAGGCUAGAGUGCUGUAGGUCAGGCAGUGUUUAAUUACUAAAUAUUCUUAAUCAAAGUUAAUUCCUGUUCCCUUGAUAAGCAACGAAAACAACUGACAUAUUGCAUGAACCUUCAUGACAUGCUUACUGCUAAUGUCCCACCUGAACUGUUAGAUGCUCUAGCAGGCAUUGCUGGAAACAAAGGCAUCACUGGAAACAAAGGCAUCGCUGGAUGCUGUGAGCCAAAAGCUGGCACCCACAUCGAGUUAUGGGGCAGAAACACAGUGACCGUCUUACACAGGGAGACCUAAAAGCAUAGCACAGCCUGAAGGUUUUUGUCUUUUAUUCCUCUGCAUCAAAGCAAACAGUAAAUAUGACCAAACACUAUGCAGCAGGAGCAAGCAGUGACAUUGCAUCAUACCGGUGCCCGUGCAGCGCUUGCUACAGAUGUGAUGGGAAUCGUUGCAGUUACAAUGUUUUUAACAAACUGCUGCUUCACAUCACCAGAAAGUGCCUUUAUGCAACCAGGAAAACAAAACCAUAAAGGAUUUAGACUUCUUUAUUUGCUGAAUUUUAGUAGAGAUUGGAAGAUCAGUGUUGACAAAUUUGUUUUUCUGUUUAAUCAAACCCUUAUAAAUAGUGGCAGAUGGCAGGUCUACGCAUAGUGUGUAUAUGGGGGGGGUGUGUGUGUACAUGUACGUAUAUAUACAGACACAUAUGAACAUGUGUGUGUGAAUAUAGACAUAGAUAUAUAUAAACGUAAUAUCAACCCUCUGGUAAUUUUACAGCCUUCCACCUCCCCUGGGAAACCCAGCUGUCCAGGACUAUGGCUGAUCUUAUCCUGGAGCAGCCUUUGGGCUUCUACCUUCCAGCCUCACCUGGGGAACUGGCAGGUUUCACACACUUGCUUGGGGGUGCUUGGCAAUGUGAUCUGGCUUCAGCAAGGGCAGGACCAGGACAGUAGCAACAAGUUUUCUUCCUAGUCCAUGGGGAGAUUUUUUCAGCUUGGCUUGGUUUUAGGGUGGUUUUCAUGCAGAGUCUGGGGGCACGUUAAAAUCAAGCUGCUGAGCAACAAGGCUCCUGCUGGUGCUAAGGAUGUGCUUUGUCAGGGUGGUUUCAUCCCAUGUCUCUUGUACAACUGCUGGGCUGUGGCUUUGUUCCCCUCCAGUAACACAAAACAGAAAGAAAACAUAAUCACUGUAAGCACAAGGAGCAUGUCCUUGUGCUUAUUCCUGCCAAAUAGUAGAGGCUGAAUCCAGUAACUGCCUGAUUCUGUCAUGUACCAGAGCUGGUCUGACCUCUGAGGUGUUCCCAACAUGCUUGUGGCUUGGCAGAUGCUCUCACAGCCUCCCAGGAUUCCAGUGGUUGGUUCACCACCAUGGAGAACCCAAAUAGGCAAAGCCUUCAAGAUCUAACCUAAUGCAAAAAGUAAACCCACAGUGCUGUCCCUACACUGAGCUGUUCCCUCAGGUCUGUGCCAGCCACCCAAAGGCUCAUAUAGGUCCCGGUAUUUCUUACCCGUUGGAUUUGCACGACUUCUUGCUGGGCGUCUUUCUCAUGUCCUUGAGAUCACUCCCUGAGGAUGCCUGUUUUGAAGGUGGCCAGGCCCUUUGGCCAUGCUGGGGAAUAGGCAGAGAACUUGGGAAUGACCUUUAGCUCCUGGGAACCUCAACUGACCUGUGCCAUGCCAUUACAGUACUGGCAGCAAAAAAAAGUAGGCUUAAAAAGAAAGCAAAGAAACACCUUAUGAGGUAUCCAGCUGAAAAAUAUUCAGUACAGCUUUGUAUAACAGUCUAGGAACACUUUCAGGCUUGUUCCUGGUCCUGCUGAAGGCAUUGAUAAAAUGCCUGGAGUACUGCCUGCUCCUGCUGCUAGAGAUCUCGUUGAAAAUGGAUAACUGCAUCCAGGAGGAGGACCAGUGCACCCCCGCAGCAGCAACGGUCAGUAGUAAUACACAUCCACUGCGUGCAAGGAUGGUCCUUCUGCCAUGAAGUUUGCACGAAAGGCUCAGAAAGCCCACACCACGGUGGUGGGGAGACAAACAUAUCCAACUACACUGUUUGUCCUUCUUCUGUGAGUGGGAACGUGUGCUCCUCCUGGGCUGGGGCUGUGCUGGGCAAUGCAGGAGAGGCUGUUUGCCAAUGGUGCUGCUGUCAUAAAGACAAAUGCAUGCAGGUCCACAGACCAGGGCUGCCGGGGAGGAGAGCAGAAGUGCUGAUGGGUGGGAAUUUGCUCCCUAAUAAUUACAGCUGUCCAGGGCACAAAGCUUAUCCUCCCCAUCAAUGAGACUUCUCUUUUACUGCCAGCCCUGUGUCCCAUGGGAAACAGUGUGUAUUUAAAGCCAUGAUCCCAAGGGAAAGAUGGAAACUCUGAGGACAGCGAUAGUUGGAUGCUGCCUGGGUUUUUCAGAUUCCUUUCUGAUAAGCAGCAGUAUCACAGCCCCAGAUAAACUUGUCCUUUUCAUGCAAUGCUGUAAGGCCCGGUCCUGUGCAGGAGUCCGGAUUUUGGACUGCUCGGGCCCAUAACAAUGAAACUUCCUUCAGCCCCAGCCAUGGCAGGAGCAUUUCACAAAGACUCACAUCAGCCCCUGAGCUCCUGCUGACCUUUGGAUUCAUUGAGUCACCAAACACAGGGCUUGCUUCCAGAAACCUUCCCAGCCAACGCCUUGCCAUGGGGAAAACAGGGGGCAGAUUUUAAGGCAAAACCCCCAGAACCUGGACACAGAGACCUGACUGACUCAUUAAACCCGUUUUAUACAGCAGGGCUAUACCCCCCACCCCAGUGAUGCAGCUGGCCAGUGCCCAAUGGGAGAUCCCAGGGCUCCAUGACUGCAGGAUCAGAAACAGAGCAACAGGGCAGGAAAGGACUACAGCUCUUCCUGACAACUUGGCACCAUCAAAUGCCUCCUUAAUGGCUAACAUGAUGCCCUCUUGCUGCAACCCCUCGCGUCUCGUCUCCUCAGCAGACAUGGAGAAAGUCUCAUGCCUUUAAUGUCUGCAGAAGCUUUUGGGUGUUUGAAGGCUAUUUUUAUCCUCCUCAAGUCUGCUGUAAGCUAAACAACUCCAGUCUUGCCAACCUUUCUCCAAAGGCUGCUUUCCUAGGGUGGUCUUCUUUGGUGUCUUUGAACCACCACCAGCCAGGCCACAUUUUCCCACUCUGCUCUUCUUCAUGCGCCCAUCUACCACCCUGGUCCUCCCCAAAACCCCGUCUUCUGCAGGCAUGGGGAUUGCUCCGCUCUUCAGAUGUGUGCUUGUACAGUCAGGAUCUUCCUGCCAUCCUUCAAACUGCCUUUUUAUUUUCACACUGCAGACCAAGGGGGUUUGGAAUGGUCUGUUGGUCUGCAGCAGAUUUGCAGCCUCCUCCUGGCUGGUGUCACCAUACAUUUAAUACACACAUACUGUUUUCCACAGUGAGAGUCAAUAAUAGCAAUAUUGACAAGUACUAGAGCCAGGGCAGAAUCUUGGGCAAUCAAUACAACCUCCUCGUUGGGCAGAGAAACAGGGUAACUGCUCUCUCAGCCAUCCUUCCAGCCAGCCCCACUCAUCUAUCUAUCUAGGCUUGAAAUACUUCCCUGCAUAAAAUGCUUUCUGAAUGAGAGCUGAUCUUGCUUCCCCAAGUUUUCCAAGUGUUUUGACAGGGACAGAAGCAGGAUUGCUCUGAUGCUGUGGGCUGCCUGGGAGAGAGGCAAAAUUUCCUGAAUGGUCUCAGCAAGCCUGGAGGACACUACUGACUCCUCUGACCCUGGAGAGAAGGGAUCCCAGUUCUCCCAGGUCACAUCCGAGCCACACACAGAAGCCAGCACAAGUCAGAGAGCCUCAGAAAUAUAAAGGAUUAUUAUUAUUAUGUACAGAGUUGCUCACUUUCCCUCUUCCUCCUCCAUUCCUUGGUCUCUAAAGCCUGUAGGAUAUUGUAGCUUUCCACCGAGUCACUGCCAGAAAGGCAACAGACAUGCAUUAAUGUCUCUGCAGAAGUGUCUCCUUUCAAGCAAGGAGCAAAGAUCCCUUAUUUUAUAAUGUCAGUUUAGGAAGGAAAAAGAGAGGCAAAAUAUGCAUAACCACAACCAAGAGCCCCAUCACAACCACUGCAAACUAAACUGGCAGCUCAAGGAAUUUCAGUUAGAUGACAGGAGGUAGAAGAAUUGCCAGUAGUAUAAUUAAUGCUUUGUUUUUUUUUUCUUUUACAGGAUAGGAGUUUUGUACACACUCAAGAGGGGUUUAGCUUUGUAGCUGAACUAAUCAUAAACAUUGACUCUCUUGCUAAACUUGGUCGGAUUAAGUGCCCGCACUUAUAUUUCUAUUCUUACCAUUCAGGGCCAGGAAUGUCCCAUGUAAAAGCCAGAUUACCUUGUUGCUUGCAUUGCAUUCCACUGGGAAAUACUUGAACUUAACUCAAGGCCAUAACCAGUCUGUGCUGUUACAAAGUUUCUGGGAUUGUUAUUUUUUUGUUGUUCAUUUUUUAAUGUACUAACUGUAUUUGUACUAGGAAUUUUUUGAGUAUGAGGUUGAAUCUAAGUAUUUUUCAGUGUAAAUGUUACAUCUGGACUGUAAUUAGAAUAUUAAACACUGCUCAAAAGAAAAAGAUACAUCAGUCCAACUCUUCAACUGGUUAUUCCACAUCCAUUACUAAUAAAACAGAAUAAAACUUACAUUUUGUUACA